GAGCGGCGCCGCGCCGAGCCGGGAUGCGGGAGCCGGGGAUGGGGUAGCCGCGCCGCCCUGCCGCGCUCCCCACCAUGUAGGCGAGCCCCGGGCGCCUGCACAUCGCUCCCCGCAGCCUGCACAGCGUUCGCACCGGGCCGGGGGACCAUGCGGAGCGCCCCGGUCUCCGGGCUCCUGCCGCUGCUCCUGGGGCUGCGGCUGCUGCUGGGCGGCGGCGCCGCGGCUCAGUACUCCAGCGACCUGUGCAACUGGAAGGGGAGUGGCUUAACCCACGAGUCUCACAGGAAGGAUGUUGAACAGGUCUACCUCCGCUGCUCCGAGGGCUCCAUCGAGUGGAUGUACCCCACGGGAGCACUCAUUGUCAACCUGCGACCCAAUAUUUCACCUGCCUCUUACAAACACUUGACUGUUUGCAUAAAGCCCUUCAAAGACUCUGCAGGAGCAAAUAUUUAUUUGGAAAAAACUGGAGAACUGAAACUCUUGGUGCGAGAUGGAGAGCGCGGCCCCAGCAGAGUUUAUUGCUUUGGCUACGACCAGGGGGGGCUCUUUGUGGAGGCCACUCCUCAGCAGGACAUUAGCAGGAAGAUUACAGGCUUCCAGUACGAAUUGAUGAGCAAGGGGAUAGCAGCUGAUUUGCACACAGCUUCUGCUCCCUGCCGACCCUGCAGUGACACUGAGGUCCUCCUGGCUGUCUGCACUAGUGAUUUUGUGAUCAGAGGCUCCAUUCGAAACGUAACAAACGAGGCAGAAGAGCAAGAAUCCAUCAUUCACGUUGGGGUCAACAAACUGUACAGGCAGAAGAGCAAAGUCUUCCAGCUGACAGGGGAGAGUGGGAACUGGAGAGGACAAAUAAAGACCUUGCUGGAGUGUGGGGUGAAGCCAGGAGAUGGAGACUUCCUUUUCACAGGACGUAUGCACUUUGGGGAGGCCAGGUUAGGCUGUGCCCCUCGUUUCAAAGACUUCCAAAGGAUGUACAAAGAGGCAAAAGACAAAGGGCUAAACCCAUGUGAGAUUGGCCCAGAUUGAAACCCCCUGUUGGGCCGAAGAUGGCUUUUAGCAUUUGGCCAGGAAUGUUUCCUGGCUGCAGUGGAAACUCUGAACAAACCUGGUCACUGAGGCUGGACAGAGCUGGAGGCUGAGACCCCACAGCCUGCAGUGCUCACAGGCUCAUGGAAGCAACAGAGGUACGAGCUCAGAGGGCUGCCAAGCAAGAAAGGCUGGAUUUUUAACCAAUCUUGUCCUUAUGAAUUAAGUUAUUAUAUUUUUUUAGUGACUUCCUUAGGAAAACAAACAAAGAAAACUCCCAUGUCUUAAUAAAAGAAAAACCCAAAUGAAAGCCAAGAUGCCUUUGUAUCUUUUUAAUACUAAUUUUUAAAAAUGUCUUAAGCUGAUGUAGCAUUUGGUAUGGCGUAUUCUGUAUAAAUGGCCAAGAAUGUGAUAGAGCACGGUAAAACAUCUUAACAUUGAUGCUUUGUAAAAAGCUUGGUGUACAAUUCAAAGUUGUUUCUUAUGACAGAAAUUUAUGGAGCCAAACUCUUAUGUGUGUGUGUUGGUUUUUUUUUUUUUAAUUUGAAAGAAUGUAAAAUUGCCACCUGCAAUUUUUUGUCCAGGCUGGCAAAUUCUUUCCAUUCCAGAGAAAUAAAGGUCCCUGGAUUUGACACA